AAGGAUAAACAAAAGCCAUUGGUCACUUUCUUAUAACUAUCGAUACACAACGUCACUUCCUAGGGGGAGGGUCCAAACCUUCUUGGAAUAGUGACGUCACCGUUCGAAGGCAUCUUUGUUUAGGGAUCCACGGUACAGACGCAAGUUUCUCUUGUGAUGAUGAGCAUUCGCUGUCUUAAAACAUUUCUACAAAACCAAGAAAACUAGUGUAUACUUGGUUUAGUGAAAAAGUUGUGUGGAAAAUUUAUCUGAAAUUAUAUACGAUGUAUCGUCAGACCAUUCUGCAAAUUCUCCCGCUUUUUCGGAAUAACAGAGCAUGUUUUUCUCAUGUGCAACUUAAGGAGACCUUUCAGAAGACCUUAGAAGCUAUCAAGAAAGGCAACAGAGCCCAUAAAUUCUGUGGUAUUCUCAUAAAAGCUAAAGAAGUCACUCAAGAAACUGAUUGUUUUCACCCUCCUUCCGUAGAAGUUACCCUGAAUAAAGAUGAGUUAGAAGCUCAUUUAAUUAUCUGUGAGCUAAAAGAAAUCAUUCAUGAAGAUAAGCCUGAAUAUAUUCUAAUUGAUACGAUUUUGGAAGCACUUAAAAAUAGCUCUAAUGAAGCACGUCGGCAGCUUAUUUCACUUCUUUUUAGUAUCGAUACGGUUAACUUCUUGAAUCCCAAGAGCCAGAGUUCAAAAGAAUACUUAAAAUAUUUUAUAAGUGAGGUUGGAUGCUUUUUCAGAAAUGCAAAUACGAUAAAUCCUGAUAGGAUUUUAGAUACCCAAGGAGUUUUAAGAAUGGUUGAAACUAGAUUACUAAAUUAUUCAGAGUACGAUAGGAAUUAUAACUAUCUGCUUUCAAUAGUGAACUAUGUAAUUAUUGACGAACAUCAUCACUCCGACGAUCAUAAUAGAGAAAUCGAAGCUUUAAUGUCUGAUGCUGUUUCACUAAUUUCAACUAGGUUGUCACUACUGAACAGUGCCUCAAAAUCUAUUUUAGAGAAAUGUUUAUUGGCACGAAGAUCUUCACUUGCUAUUGACAGAGCUGAUUCUGAUUUGGAACAGUUUUAUUUGGAUAAGAUUAGUUAUUGCUACAGUAUUUUGGACGAGGUGCCUUUUUAUUAUAUGCCAAGAAAAGAGAGACUACUGCAGCACUUAAAAGACACCAAGAGUAGUAACAAUGCCUGGGAGUUUUUUGAAUUGCUUAGCUCCAUAAAUGAACUUAAUUCGGAUAAAAAAUCUUUAAAUAGUGAUUUAAUUAUGAAUCGGCUUAAAGACAUAAUUAAUUCUGAAAAACCUGAAUAUAGCAUCAAUAAAUUUAUCUUGAAGUCCCUAGAGAAUAGAACUCAUCACUUGAAAGAAGCAAGUGAGCUUAUAUCUCGAUUUCUUUUGGAUAUUGAUAAUUUUGACUGUGAAAAACAGAAUUCAGACGAAUAUUUAAUGCAUUUCAUACAAGAAUUCCAACGUCUUUUUAAUUUCUAUGCUCAUCCUCGUAGGAAAUUUUAUAGUUUUUGGAAAGCAAUUUCUAAUGCUUUAAAGAGUAUUGCAGUGUGCUGUACAGAAGACCUUCUAAUAGCAAUAGCCCAUAAAUACCAAUUGCAUUUCUUCGACGAAGAGAAGAAAAAAAUUGGAUUUUUGAUGGUAGAGGCUAUUACACCUAUUGAAAAAUUCUUAUAUCAUAGAAGCGGUGGUAGAACGUACAUGAAAAUAAAAAGUCUUUUCUUGUUUCAAAGAUCCUACCUUCAGUAUUUCAGAGAUUUUUUUGAUUCAUUUCCUGUUGAUGAAACUCCAUUAAAACGUUUUGAUAUGAACAGGAUAGAUUUGUGCAUCGAGGAAUUAGAUAGGAAUAUUGAUAUUAUGUGUGAAAGGGCUGAAACUUGGGCUUAUCUGGAAGAAUCGGAAGAUGAGGAUUAUUUCAGUUCCUGUGAUUACGCAGAACACGAUGACAUCAAAGAGGAUGGCGAAUCUAUGCCUGAAUCGCAUGUGUGGUGGGCUAAGUGUUCUCAAACCCUAAAUAAUAUAAGGAUUAAUGCAUUUCUUAAUCAACUUUGUUAUAAUUCUUGAGCUGUAAUAUGACAUUCUAAUAAAAAGAAAUUUUUGUAUGUAACAAUA